AUGUAUAAGGAUAAGGACGUAAGCCCGUUCACGAACGGACGUGAGGUGGUUGAAAGGUGGAAGCAGCACCUGAACAUCGCGGAAAACGCGGCAUUAGUGACUAAGUUCAUAAGUACCCUAAAGUAUUCUAGGAACGGUCAUCUGGAAAAGUUUCGGGACGAACCGCGCUUAUUUGAUCCGGACUUCCAAAUCGAUGAAGUACGCGGAACCAAUCGGCGACGCGUUGAGAGAGGAACUGGCUAUUCAGCAACGGGACGACGGGAGGAGCGAUCUCUUGAUGGACUGACGGGGCCUUGGACAGAUGGAGUUACACUGCCAGAAUCAGGGACGAGGUGGCGAGAGGAACGAUACCUGGACGGGCUGACGGAAGGCCUUGGGCUGCCAGAAUCGGACGGGCUGCCGGGAACGGGACGACGGGAUGCACGAUAUCUUGACGGACUGGCGGAAGGGCUUGCACUGCCCGAAUUGGACGGACAAUCGGGAACGGGUCCUCUUGAUACACGGCACUUGAGUGGCAGAACGGGAUUGUAUUCUGAUGAUUCGGACGGGCUAUCCGGGAAGGGUCCUCGGGGAGUACGCUCCUUUGAUGGAUCAGGGGGACGUCUAACGGAUAAUUCAAAAUCCACCGAGUUGAAAUAUCUCACUGAUGGUGAACAAACCAAGUACAUGCUGGCAGUCCGAAUCGCGAACGACAGGACAAACAUAGCCAGCAGUAUUACGAUAGACGGGGACACUUUCGAGAUGGUGGAAGACUUCGUCAACCUCAGAUUCUUAUUAACGGCAGACAACUACAUUAGCCGUGAACUACCAAGGCGAAGAAAUACCAUCAACUUGGAAUCCAAUGCAUCCGGCAAGGAAACGAUGGCGGUUCCUUCCUAUAACUUCGACCAUCAUUCUGAUGACGAAGACGUCGAUAUGAGCGAAAAACCACCGUUACCGACAUCGCAAAUCACCCGCACUUACCGUCGAAAGAAAUUCGUUGACCAACUGCUACAGGACUGGGAAACUACAACUGCCCCAUGCGAACCCAGCUGCAUUAAUCCUGGACCCUCCAUUCAGAUUGUCCACAUCGAGUCACUCUACGAACAGACCAAUGAAGCUGCUGGAUCAGCUGUUAAUGAAGCGGCUGAUAUCGUCAUUCUGAACCCUCAAACAGAAUGCUCGUGUGGAAAAUCUGAGGACGUUGAUAAAUACAAAGCAUUGGCGGAGUCUCUGCAGAAGGAUAAAGAUGGUUUAAUUUUGAAGAACGCCAAACUGGAGGCCCAAAAUGCGAAGCUGCUGGAUUCGUUGACAUCAAAACUUCUACCGACGCCAGAGAAGCCGUUCAAAGAAGAGGAAGGUUUCAUCGACGGUGAUGCGCUGCAGCGAAUGUCCCACGAAGCCGGCGACAAGGAUUAUUUGUUCCUGAAGUUCAUCAUGAUGAAGCUUUUUCCAGAAGGACUCGUUGGGCGUUCAGUAACAGGACGUGCGUCGAAUAACCCUUCCGGUCGCCCGAAGAAAAUCGGAGAUGGCAUCUCUCAUGACCUGUGACCUACAGGCAACGAAACUCCGCGAGAAACAUUCAAAGCUCCCUUGGAUCCCGAGAAAGUUAAAUGGAUCAAAAGACGACUUUACGACCGCCGUUUGUUCCUCGGAGAUGACGCUGCAACCGCAAACGCAUGUUACCGCAGUGCAGGACGCUUGAUGACUCGAAUUAUCGCCAACGCUUCUCGAUAA